AUGAAGCCCCCGAAGCCCUGGCGGUCGGACGGCGGCGGCGGCCUCCUGCACCUGGCGCUGCUGCUGAGCCUGGCGGGGCUCCGCGCGGACCUGGAGCCGGACCUGCCGCUGCUGCUGCUGCGGGGCGAGCCGCGGCUCGGAGCGGGCCCCUGCCCGGCCUGGGGCGGCCUUCCGAAGGGCGCGGAGCCGGACCCCGCGACGGCGGCGGCGGCGGCGGCGGGCCGGCUGCUCCGCGAGGUGCGCGCGCUGGGCGCCCCGUUCGUCCGCCGCACGCGCGUGGACGCCUGGCUGGUGCACGGCGUGGCGGCGGGCGCUGCCGACGGGGCCCCCGGGCUGGCGGGAGGCGCGGACGGCGGCGACCCCCGAGCGGCCGCGGGGCAGCAGGAGACGGAACCGGCGCCAGCGGGACCCGCGGCUCCGGGCCGGGACGUCGGAGCGCGCGCCAGAGAGGUAGGGGAAGAGCCGGGAGGGGAGCGGGCCGGCCGUCUGGGGGGCCCCUGGGAGGCACCGCUCGGAGCCUCGGCUCGUGUCCGUGUCCACUCACUCCAAGGCCAGGUGGCAGCCGGGCCCAUCGAACAUCCUGUUGUUGCCCAGCUGGUUUUAAAGAACGAGGAUGGGGUGCUGGGAGAGAGACAUGAAACAGUGGAUCACAGUUGCCGGCAGGAGGAAAAUGAGCAAAGGGUCUUAGCUGAGAAGGAGAAAUCACUACUGCAGAAGAAGGAAGAUGAAAGUAAAGUAACAGAUAAACCUGACUGGGACACAGAACGGCCCACUGAGUCUCAAGAUGAGAGACAUCCAAAUGAGACAGAAACAUUUCUCUCUCUGGAAGACUUAUUUCAGUUGCUUUCAUCACAACCUGAAAACUCACUGGAGGCUAUCUCACCGGGAGAAACUCCUCUUUUUGGAAGUCUUAAUGAUGGCAUGAAUUUUUCAGUACAUAAUAUCAACUUUAGCCAGGCUAUAAGUCAAGACGUGAGCCUCCAUGAAGCCAUGCUGCGAUGUCCAACAGACAGUACAUUUAGAAGAGAUCCAGCAGCAAGAGCUUUGCAGCCGCAAGAACCAUUUCUACAGCUUAAUUCUCCAACUACCAAUCCUGAACAGACCUUUUCUGGAACUAACUGGACAGGCCUUUUUCCCUAUGAAAAUCAGGUGAAUGUACCAAGUCAAGACCUUCAGUGUGAUCUGGAUAUAAACAUAUUUGGGGAGAUAAACUUAAUGUCCUUGGCCCCAGAAGGAGGUUUCGAUAUAAUGGAAGCAUCUAAGCUUUUUGAAGAACCAGAUUCUGAUUCUGGACUUUCCUUAAAUUCCAGUCACAAUAGCAGCUCCAUCACUAAAGCUGGUUCCUUACACUCUACAUUUGAAGGAGCUCUAGGCUAUAGCAGCGACCUCGAAUCUGCUUCCUACCAAGACUCAGAAGUAGAAGGCGCUGUCGGUGGUUACUCCCCAGAGCCAAGUAAGCUUUGUCACAUGAAUCACAGGAGUGACUUUGACUCUGGUCUUAAUGGAGACCUUGCAUUUCAACAUGUGUUUCACAACCACACUUACCACUUACAAUCAAAUUCACUGGAAUCCACUUCUGAAUCCUUUUCAUGGCCUGGGAAAUCCCAGAAAUUAAGAAGUAAAUACUUCAAUGACACAGACGGGAAUUUAAGCCGCGAUGAACGGCGUGUUAAAGCUCUGCACAUCCCUUUCUCUGUAGAAGAAAUUGUCCGUAUGCCUGUUGAUUCUUUCAAUAGUAUGCUGAGCAGGAGCUACCUGACAGAUUUGCAGGUGUCCCUCAUCCGUGACAUAAGGAGGAGGGGGAAAAACAAAGUUGCUGCCCAGAACUGUCGGAAGCGUAAACUGGACAUAAUAUUGAAUCUGGAAAAUGAUGUAUGCAGUUUAGAAGCAAAGAAGGAAGACCUCGAGAGAGAGAAAGCCCAGUAUAAUAGAGCUAUUAACAUGAUGAAACAAAAACUGCAUUGCCUUUAUCAGGAUGUCUUUAGUUGGCUACGAGAUGAUGAAGGCCAGCCAGUCAACCCAAAUCAGUAUGCUCUUCAGUGUAACCAUGAUGGAAGUGUUUUGAUUGUACCCAAGGAACUGAUGACUUCAGGCCACAAAAAGGAAAACCAAAAGGGAAAACGAAAAAAAUGACAACUUAAGAUGGAUCCCACUAAAAUGCCUAAGUGACUUUC